AAUAGAAGCCAUGGAUAGCAUUGCAAAGACAACCCAAAGCCUUACCACUGCUGAGGACAUGAGGAACCAAACCAAACUCAUCAUGAAGCCCUAUGCCAACUGGGAAGAGUAUCUGACUCCAGCACCGCUUUCAAUAGCCAUCCUGGGAGAGCUGGUGUUCAUCUCGUCCGCAACAGAUUUCUCCAUCAAUAACAAUCUCCCCGAAGGAGGAUACAAAUACAUCAAACACCCUGAUUCCUUCCGCGCUUGCCUCAUGCAAGUGUGCAACUCUGGUUGGUGGGCAUUUAAUGAGGCCCAUAAUAACAUGGAUCAGAUUCGCCUCCACACUGCCCGCGUUCCAGAUUACAUGAAGCAAGCUGUGAAGAUUCUGUUCCAAGGGGAUGAUGAAGUUGUCAAAGCACAUCUUCCUAAUCAGCUGGAAAGUAUCAAAGUCAUUGCAGAUGAAUGUCUAAAGUUGUCUGAAGACACCAAAGAUUAUUUUUCUGUUGUCAUCGGAACCAUCCACGAGCUGUUAGAAGUAUGUAUGAGUGCACAGAACUUUUAUGGGGAAGAGAUGGAAGAAAUCAAGAAGAAACUAGAUGAGGCCAAACUGAGAAAGCAGUCAGCUGAAGACGCCAAGAAAAGGACUCAGAAGCUAAUGGAUGCCAUGGAGAAGCAAAUGAAAGAGGCUCAGGAAGAAUAUCAUAGAGCUAUGGCUUCUCUCCCUAGUGGAUGGGAUAUGAUUGGCAUGGAUUUUGUGAGUGGGAUUACAGAGAGCAUGACACGCAUGGUUGAUGGAAUGUUAAUUGUUAUGACUCAGCAAGCGGAGAGAUAUGGGUAUUCUGCAACUAAAUCUAAUGAUAAUACUGAGGGCAACAUCAAAGAUCAGGGAAAUACAAUAGAUUUGGUUGCUGAAAUAACUCCAUAUAGUAAGUCUGGUGAAAUCGUAAAAUAUGUCCAGAAACUUGAGGAGGAAAUGAAAGUGAAUUGUGAGGAUGAUGAAAUUGAUUGGACAAAUCUGUAUGAUCAGAAGAAUACAUGUACAACAACUGAUUACAUAAAAGAACAGUUCGAAAGAAUCAGCACAGGUUUAAAGGAUCCUGACUGCCCAGCAAAGACAGAAGCUCAGAAGUUAUGCCACAAGGGCAUGGAAAUAUGCAACCAGCUGGCAAAAUAUGCACCAGAUGGCAAAUGUGACAAAGACAAAAGCAAUGAGAUAAAAGGUAAAGUCUUGGAUCUGAUCAAGUCAGCUCGUGAUUUUGAUUGCAAAAGCAAAAAAAAAACACAUUCUCCAGCCAUUUCUCCAAAGCCACCAAUGAUGCAAAAAGAAGAAAACAAGUCAGGGCACAAGCGUCCUUCUCAGCAAGCAACAGAUAAUGCACGAUUCGCCAUUGAGCAGACCCGAGCUCAGCUGAACAACACAAGUGAGACCUAUGAGAAUUAUGCGAAGAGCUUUGAGAAUAACCAGAAGGAACUAACUGAUAUCCUGGUCACUAUGAGAAAUUGUAAAGUGAAAGAGAUCAACUUCAAAGAUACCAUAGCAAUGCUGGCCAAAGGAAUGGAUGCCAUGGGGAGAGUGGGUGAGCAGUGGGCGAAGAUGGUACGCUUCUUUCAGAUGGUUUCCACCAUUGUGAAAUGCAGCCUGAGCACAACUCUCACAGACUUUGUCUCAACAUCCGAGGACACACAAACACUCUCCUACAAUGCAAAGCUCUUCUCAAUAGAUCAGCUGUACACUCAAGCCUCCAAAGCCUGUAACAUUGCUAGUCUGGUCCAUAUGAUCUCUGGAACAUACACAGAGAUUUCCGACAAGUACCUGAUGGACCGUGUCAGUUCACUGAGCAAACUGAUGGCCAUGGAUAAGAGUAAGCCAGAAUUUUUGGGUGAGCGACUAAAGUUCGAGUGUGCCUGUAAUGAGGCACAGAAAGGCAUCUUAAUGCUUGUCCUGGAGAAUAAAAAGGAGUUUGAAAAGAAGAGCACUGCAAGAAUAGAAAAGAUCGAUCGAGAGUUGCUUGCCAUUCUGCCCGCUGUUCCUCCAGAGAACAUCAAGAUGAUUGAAGACUCUGUAAAAGCUGCGUUCUGUGAGGAAGAUGAAGCAUCAUCCUACUACUGA